UAUUUACAAACACAUACAUAAUGUGCAUAUGUGCGUAAUUACAGUUAUUUUAGUGAAAUGAGAAAUUGUCACGUAGCAAUUUUUUAUAAAUUUUGUCAGCAAGCAAAAAUGACCCCCAGUCGAUUCGUUAAGCCAGUAAGUGUUUACUCCAGUAUAACGGCAUAGAGUUUUAGAAGAUGUCUAGUCGUAAAAUUUCGCUUCUCUUGUUGGUGGCAUAUUCCAUAGCAUUAAUACACGCACGACCUAAUGAAGAGCUUGCUGCGCGGCUCUCACGCCUCUACUUGGAUCCAGCGAAUGACGAACGCUUCAAUGACAUCGAACGGUUCAACGGCGACGAAGUGCAGUAUUCCGCCAGAGAGGAUAUGAUGGAUAAAGAAGUAAUCUUACGGAUUAUGGAUGUGUCUUCCAAAAAACCUGAUGAAAGUGAGGCACUCACCCAAAGUGCCGAAAUAGAGGAAGGACUAACGCGGUCGAUGGUUUCUUCGAUAUUCAGAUUUAUGGGCAAUGUGAUGGGACACUUUAUACGCUGAGCGUAAUAAUUAAAUACAUAAAUAUACAUAUGUAUGUAUGUAUGCAAUAUUUUCAUAAGUAAACUAAUAUGCUUCCAGAAGAAAGAAAUUUGUAACAAUUUUCGAAAGCAGCUUAUAUGUACAUACGUCAAUGGACUUUCUUAUACCAAUAAAUAGCACGCAUUGGCAACGGCGAA